AUGGGAAAUUACUGUUGUGCAGGAAGAGAUUUGCUUUAUAAAAAUAAAUUGCAUGAAUUUGGUAAAGAAGGAUCAAAAACUUUAAGAAAAUUGUUAUCUUUUACGAGUAAUGAUAUUCUAAGGUUUGAUAAGGCUUAUGAUGAAAAUGAUGUACAAGAAUUCGUUAAUUUAUGUUCUUCUACUUGUGAAAUAGAAAAAUUGGAGGAUAGAAUGCAUCCUUGGGCCGCAGAUCCGAAAACAAUUGGUGCAUUAUCAGCAACUCAAUUAGCAAUAUUAGCUAGCAAAGAAAAUGAACCACAUUACAAAGAUGCAAUUCGUGAAGCUGAUGGAAUACCCGUUUUUAUAAACUUAUUAAAAUCACAUGAAUUAGAUAGAAUACAUGCUUCUGUAGUUGCUUUAUCAUUUUUAUCAGUAGAUAAUGUAAAAAAUUGUAUUUGCAUGUUUGAGAAUGGCGCCUUACCAUAUCUAAUUAGUGGAAUGAAGUCAAAUAUAGAUGGGAUGAAAGCAGCUUGCGCUCAAACAUGUAGAAAUAUUUUUGUUUUGGAUAAAAAAUAUAAAAAAGAGUUUUUGAAAUUAGGAGGGAUCACACAACUCGUGAAUUUAUUAGAAUUACCAUCAAAUUAUGAUGAUAAUCAACCUCUAUACACUCAAUUAGAAGCGAUUUAUCAUUUAGAAGAUUUUAUAUUGAAUGAUGGGGAUGAAAUACCUGAAUUUUUAGAAGCAGUUAAAAAUUCGAAUGCAAUUGACAAUUUAAAAAAUCUUCAACAGUGUCCUGAACAAGAUUUAGCAGAAGCCUCAAACGUUCUUUUACUGAGACUCACUGAUUAA